UCCAAGCGCACCCUCCUCGGGCCCCUCGCCUGCGACUGCGAAUGCAACCGCCGAUGGUCUCCGGGCCGCCGUGGCACCGGCCUUGACCCGAUUGCGGCCGAGCUCCUCGGCGCAUAAGCCCUCCCCCUACCCGUCCCAUCCGACCUCUCGACCGUGAGAAGCUCCGUCGUGCGGCUCUUGCCGCCUCCACCCUCCCGCCUCCGAGCGCCGUCCUCUACCAUGACGGGUCGUGUUCAUAUUUACUUCAAGAUCCAAUCUUCAAGAGCAUUGAACUCUUCAAAUAUGACCAGCUUCCAACUGCUGCGAACUUGUGGUUGUGAUGCAGUUAGUGCUUCUUUGAGUGGUUCUUCCUCCGUCGAACUCUUCCACCCCUCGGAGAACCUUGGUUCUUAUGUCGACGACAAUCACACAUGCCUUGUGAUGCUGGUGCGUCGGCUUGGUCAGGAUGUAAACGACGUCAUCAUCGUGGCCGCUGAGUACAGGGUUGCAUGGCCGAAGCCUCGUCAAGACUGGCUUCUUCUCCGCGUCUUCGUCCUGGCAGAUUAGGUUAAAUGUGUUGUCUUCGUCUCGUUGCAUGGUUGAAUGGGUCGUUAGCGAAGUUCAAGAGCAUGGUAACCACGUUAACGAAGUAUGUCCACAAUUU